AUGUCCUCGCAGAACAGCUCCCUCCCGGAAUUCGUGCAUUGCAUGGAAAAAGUCCCACCACCAUACCAGAGGGAUCAAUAUGCCUACACAAAAGACGGAUUAUCGUGUGCAAUGAUCGCCUGGAUGCUAGACCUCGACGUGCGAGCCGCAAUGAGAAAGCGCGAACUCCUCCGCACAUAUCAAAGGCUCUGUCUAUACAUUGGGCACAUGGAGCGUAAGUGUAUCCGAACGAUAACCUCAACGUCAAGACUGAUCCUGUCAGGCUUGAUGGACCAGAACAAGAUCCCAUACCAGCGGUAUACCGGCGAGCAAAACGGUCGAGAAAUCAACACCGCCAGACAGCUCAUCAUGCCUCAUAUCAAAGCCAAGUUCAUGGCCAAUGCGCCGUACCCGAUGACCGCUCCUAUCAAUACCGAUGAAGAGCUCUGUGGGACUGUGGCGGAUGCACAAUUGUUCGAACAUCGACUUCAUCAGUUGGAGGUUAUGCGGUACCUUGAGGGGGUUGACCCGUCGGCAUUGACUGAGUUGGAUAAGUAG